AUGUCGGAUGUGUUGCACUUUGCGUUUCCACUAUUGUUUAUUUUUAUAAUUACACGAAAUUAAAACUGUGCCAAGGCAAAAUGUGUGGCUUUUAGUCCUGCCAAUAAUUAGUAGUCGAUUGUGCAUUUUAUUUGUGGGUUUAUUCAGACAUGUCAUUGAUGAAAGUGAAGAAUUUGUGAAAAUGUGAUAAUAAUUUGUAUUUGGCUUUGUGCCAUUGGAUUUAUUGGAGUUUUUGUGUGAGAAGGUCAUGAUGUGGGGGUUUGGAGUCGUUGUGGUGUUGGUGUUUGUGGUGCAGGGGGGUUUGGGGAUGUGCCCAUCGUUGUGUACUUGUAGGACGAAUAAGGCUGAUGGGGCGGCAUCGGAGCCCCUGACUGGGGAGUUUCUGAAGCUCAAGUGCGGCGGGAGCCCCACUCAGAUCACGGAGCUGAAAGAAAUAGACCUAAGCAACCAGCACUUGUGGGCAGUUGUUGUCAGCCUGAAUUUGUCUGGAAAUGCGAUAUCAACAUUGUCAAGAGAUUUGCACUUACCAAUAUUGCAAAAACUAGAUCUAAGCAGAAAUCAAAUAACUCUCAUAGAGUCUGAUGCAUUCUACAACAUGACGUCGUUACAGCGGCUAGACCUGUCAUACAAUCAGAUAAGCAAUGUCUACAAGGAUAUAUUCAAAAGUCUCGUUAACUUGGAGCGGUUGAACCUAGCCCAGAAUCAUAUAUCUGUGCUUGCUACCGGCACAUUUGAUUAUCUCGUUGGAUUGACACAUUUAGACCUCACUGGCAACCCGCUGAUCUGCGAUUGUGACCUACUCUGGGUGGGGGACUGGGCUAGGAAUACCAGCGUCAAACUGGGGAACCUAAAGUGCGCCUUCCCAGAGAACAUGGUGGGCAAACCAGUUCGCAAACUGAAAAUAUUCCUAGACCUGUCUACUUGUGGCAGCGUUCUCCCAUCAAACAGCUUGAUAGUCAAACCGUCACAAGACCAAGUGGUUUUCGAAGGGGAUACUUUAACACUAUCUUGCAACGCCCCUUUCGCGUCUGUGGCAGCUAAAUACGAGCUGAAAUGGCUGCAUCCAAUGCUGGAAGUCUGUGACGUCAACGUGACAAAUACCGACAUGCAAGAAGAGGGUUUAGCCGAGACAACGGUAUACUUUCCUAACAUAACCAACCACCACACGGGGAACUGGACUUGUAUGUACAGCGACCAGAAUCAUAUACGGCAUAACUACUCUGUAGAGGUCUUGGUUUUGUCGAAUAAGACACAGUAUUGCCCGACAAAUUACUCGAUAAACAAUAAAGGACUGUAUUCCUGGCCACAAUUACUUGUGAAUCACACGGCUGUGGUGCCAUGUAGAAGCGGAGAAGGGUCAGCCUAUAGAUACUGCAAAGCGAAUUCUACUUGGGGACCGAUGAACACCACAGAAUGUUCUUAUAUCAGCAAUGUGACGAAGUUGCUACAGCAAUUUGCUCUUUUAAACGUCAGUUUGGUGCAGUAUUCAGCGCUGAAUGCAACGGAGAGACUCGCAAUGCUUAUUCAAGAGAAGACAUAUCCCAUAGCAGAGAUAACUGAUCCUGACGACGUCAUGUUUAUAGCAGACGCUAUACAAAACUAUAUGCAGUAUAUCGGUGAAGAGAGAGACUUAGGUUCAGCGCUAUUGGACGUGAUAAGCGCAGCGAUGAACAUAACACCGUCAGUGAUGACGGCGGCAGAGACGAGCCACGGCGCGUGCACACGCCUGCUGCGCGCCGCUGAAGACAUCUCCAACUUUACUGGCAAUGUGCAGGGGCAUAAGGUAAACCUAGCAGUGGAGCGGUUCCCGGUGCGCGAGGGCUUCAGCGGCGUGACGUGCGUGUGGUACAGCGCCGAGGGCGGCGCGGGCCCGCGCCUGCACUGCACCACCACCAACCGCACCGUGGCGCCGCUGCUGGCCGUCAGCGACGCGCUCAUCCACGCCAGCGUGCAGAUACCACAAUCGCUGCUCUACGCAACAACAGACUCCGGAACCCUGUUGCAGACCAACCCUGAGUCGUUAAUAGUGGCUAUGUAUGGUGACGCGUCGCUUUUCCCCGUGCUGCCGGAGCGAGAGAAUGACGGCCAUAUGAGGGUCCAUCGCGCGAAAGACUACUACGGACGCAGCACCAAGCGCGAAGACAUCAAUAUGGAAAUCACGUCGCCUGUUGUUGGCUUCCAGUUGACGAACGUAUCGAUCCGCGGGGACCUGCUGGAGCCGAUCAUAGCGACGGUGCGGGCGAGCUCCGUAGGCGGGGUCGAUGGCCGCGCGGCCGUGUGGGACCCCGACACCCGCCAGUGGCAGGACAACAUGACUGAUUGCAGAAUAUCCCACGUGAUAUCAGAAAUGGUGAUCAUCAGCUGCACAAGACUCGCUUACGUUGGUCUACUUCAGAACGUGGAGACCGGCAUAUACGGAGCCCGCACCGACGGCGCGAGAUUCAAGGUAUCUCACCCCGCAGUUUAUGUAGGAAGCCUUAUUCUAAUAGGUUGUGUUAGCUGCGCCACAUUAACGUAUAUCAUGUGCUACCCCGCCAUACUGAUGGCUAAGAAAACCAAACAUGCCCUCAUAAACACUUGGAUAGCCAUAGGACUACUCUGCUUCAUGUAUACCUUAGGCAUCUACCAAACAGAAGACGUCAAAUUGUGCCAGAUUUUAGGACUGCUAAUACACUAUCUGUCUCUUUCAUGCCUGUUAUGGAUGUGUGUGUCGGCUAGUAAUAUGUACAAGUGGGUGACAAAGACGCAUAAUCCUGUUAGGACUCCAGAAGAAGAUAUACCACCUGACGUUCCAGUUCAGAAACCUAUAUUAGGACUGUAUUUAGUCGGUUGGGGUAUUGCUCUGAUCGUCUGUGGGAUUUCUGGAGCUGUUAACUUAAAGGACUACGCCGGUUAUUCCCAAUGUUUCUUAAGUACCGCCCCGGCUCUAAGCGCUUUAUUCGUACCUGGAGGUAUACUGCUAAUGUUCUUAUUAGUACUAUUCCUCCUAAUCCGUUGUACUAUAAGAAGCAUGAACGUACAGUUAUCAGAAGGCACACAAGCGACUGAAAAUGUCGAUUUGGAAAUGUGGGAACCGAAUCAGGCGAAUGAAAACGCUGAAAGAAGAAGUAUUAAGUCAGCGGUAGAUUCCGAAGUCGACGACAUAGAACAUACGCCGAUAAUACAGCUUCGAGCGCAAGUUAUUGUGUUAUGUUUGUAUAUGUCUGUAUGGACAUGUGGGGCAAUAGCUGUGUACAGGCCUUUACCAGCUUACCUGCCAUAUCAGGAAGACAUCUGCAGUAUUAUAUACGCAGUUUGCGCUACUGUCUUGGGCACUUUUAUUCUAUUCUUCUACGGAAUCGCGAGAAGUGACGUCAGAGCCCAAUGGUCUAUGAUGCAUUGCUAUUUGCAGAAAAGCAAGCAAUGUUGUAGGAACAGAAGCGUUUUCGAUACAAAUCAAUCGAAUUUGCCGUCGAACCAAACCGCAGCGCCAUUGGCACAUCCCAUACCAAACGAUAACAGAUCCAGGUCUGGUAGUAGAAGCUCUAACAGAACUAAUUCAAAGACCAACAACAGUGGAACUUUUAAAGCCGGUGCUGAACUGAACGGACAGACGCUGCAAAAAGAUCUACUCAAAAACACGAAUGGAAAAACCCCAAAUAUAAACUUAGUAGUCUUACACAGACAACAGUAUAGAUCUAAUAACUCUAUGAUGACAUAUCCAGAUUCUUCAAAUGUUGGACCAGAAGUGUUCUACAAUCCCAAUCAAAUGAACGUUGCUAAAAAAUUCUUCAAGAAACAAAGGCAGAAUAUGAAGAGGAAUUGUCUCGAACUGCCUUCGAGACGUGAUUGCGACAAUGAUUCCCAUAUGUCCCUACCCUUGCCUUCAAAAGAAGCUUAUAACGGUGUUGCUAAUAUUAUAAAUUCUGGUUCCAAAGUAAACAAUACAAAUCUACACGUUGAAAGAUCGAACAACGGUAUCAAAGAGACGCGACACGGAGCGAAUCCCAAUUUACUUGAAGACGAAACGAAAGAUUACAAAAAUUAUUCAAUGGAUAGAAAAUCGUGGAAUAAAAGUGAGGAACCGAAAUCUAGUAGGGUUAUGAAUAUCUACACUAACGUCCCAGAAACACAAGUGCCACAGCACCAAAUAAUCAAAGCUGUUACGAAACCUUUCAACGUGCAAAGAACGAGUAUUUCUGAAGAAUGUUUGCAAAGUCACGCGGAGCAACCAGAAAUGAGAACAAUAUCCCAACAGUGCAGUCUAGAAUAUUCCUCAGCGUCAGAAAUCGCGAUGCCUCACACUUGUUCCGACCAAACUUUGAACACUCAUUCAGAACUCACUUCGUUCCAAGAAAGUGCUCUAUGUUCAACCAAUGAAAUCACUGACACUGAAAGUUUCGGACAGUAUAUUGACUACUUGCAACCAAAUAAGCAGGAGAACAAAGACGGCGUAGAUAAGAGUCUUCAAGACAUAUCUGAAGAAUGCACGAUGAAUAGUGACGAGAUUAACAGGUCUAGUACACCGCAGCACUUAGAAGGUGAUGCAGGGGAAAUGGACAAUUUGCUCCAAAACGCGGAACCUCAAGGUUCCAAAGAGAAAAUAGACGGAGAGAAAGACACAUUUUUCAUGGCGAAAACUACGUACGAUUUCGAAACGUGUAGUACGAAUGCUAGCGAAGCCGGCUUUGAGAAUGAAAGCGAUAUUUACUGCCCUAACUACCAAAUGUCUGAAGUUAGCAUUCGGAGUCAUGGUCUGUAUGCUCCAUCACCAUCCUCUAUGUGUCCGAACGAAAUAAGUUUUAGCAACGAAGAUGUGUCGAACAUUGAGAGCCAGUAUGUGAACUACGAUCCUGGUUGGAGAAAGACGAUCAAAAGCAAUCCAAAGUUAGGCAAAUACGUGCCGACACCAGCUUUAAGCUGCCCUGAUGUGAACAGAGAGAGUCCUGUUUCAUUCAGCAGUGAGUUAGACGAGUUAUACACUCAGAUAACGAGUAGAGAUAAGGAAAGGACACCGCGAAAGGAAGGUCUGGAUGUGACAAUAAAUAGUGACGUCACACUCAAACCUACGGACAGUGACAGUUGUGUGAGCGAGGCAGUAUCAGAUGUAGAGGUUAAGGGGGAAACGACGGUGUAAUCCACCUUUUGUGUUCGAGUUGAAACAUGGCCUGAGUCUGUUGUACAUUGGAAUGAGCUUAGUGAUGCCUGAGUAAGCACAAAUGAACAAAACUUCAAAAAUAAUAAGAGGUGUUAAUCAUAGUUGACAAUAGACAGAGAUGUUAAGUAAAUUAAGAUAAAGAUUCAUCCAUCAUCAUGAUCGUCUUCAUCGUGUCUUAGUCCACUUUUGAAUCAUACAGUUAUCUAAAGAGAUAGCUUCAAAUUGUAAAGAAAACCAUCACCAAAAACUUAAAAUUAAUCUUAAUCGUCUCCAGGCUUUCCAAGGUGGCAUGGAUUAAACUAUUACUGCCUUACAAACGGAAGACUAAAGAUAAUACCAGAUUAUAAUAUAGUCUACGUCACGAAAGAAGUCCCGCGGCCGAGUCGCUAGUGUCAAAGUUUCUACAUAGAAUUAUUACGACUUGUCAAUUAGUUCCAUUAAAAUCCGUGGACGUUUCUCCUGCCACGGAUUAUAUUUUAAACAUGGUAGUAUUUUUAGUCUUCGUUUUGCGAUAAGGCGGAGUGUUCUAACAUGGUACGGAAUUACGGAUGACAGUUUUUAGAAUAGUACAUUUGAUUACUUGGAUUGAAUCUUUACACUAUACACUCGACUCGGCUGGCUUGUGUUGUUUUGUGCCAUGUGACCGAUGAUGGUAUUGUCUCUUUCACACUAAACUGUACUCUAUAUUUCUGUCCUGUUGUCAUACCGUGUUAAAGCACAAAUAGUAUAGGCAGAGUAUUAUAUCCAAGUGCUUGAGACCACCUAUAGUAUUUCUAUUAGGUGGGGUGGUGUGGCUGAAAUCGUAGUUUUGGUUAGGAAAAGAGUUUACGCUUAGCAUCGACUGUACGUAUCCGCGAUAUACAGGUGUUAGUGACAUCGUAACGAAUACUAAGGGGGAUGAUUUAGACCAUGAAUCUGAGUUAAUAUCAAGUGGAAUUUUCGGUUGCAAAAUUAAUGAUUUUUUAGUUUUUUAUAAUUAUUUUCGAAUGGAAUUGGAAUUUCCUAACGGAAAAUCAAGAAAAUUUUAGUGUUUUAUUAAAUUAUUUUUAAUUCCAUACUUUUGCGACGGAAAAUUCCACUUGGUAUCAACUCAGAAUCAUGGUCUGAAUCAUCCCUCAAAGUUUUCGUUACGGUGUCACUAACACCCUAUAUAGUCAAUUUGUGCCAUGUCUUUGAGUUUAGAUUAUGAGUUAUUUAUUUCAAUCAAACAAAAAUUGUUAGAAAUUUAGGUGAAUUUGCUAUUCUAUUUACAAAUAAUUCUAUUACAAGUACCUAGUUCAAGUAGUUACUUUUACUUCGAUUACUUGUAAAGUUCUUUGCGUUCAAAAUAAGAAUGAAGUUGAACUUGUUGAAUCUUACCACCUUAAUGGUCUCUAAAAUGUUUGGUUUAUAUACAAAGAAUGUUUUAAUUAACAUUUAGCGUUUUUUGCGUUUUUCAAUAUUAUAAAAUCAACUAAUAUAAUAUGAAAAUAGCUCAAUCACACAAUAAUGUAUAACACAACAUAAGCUGACGACUAUAUACACGAUUGGGUUAGUCAGAGGUACAUCCAUCGCAAGAUGAAUUAAGUACCCACGCGUCACCGAGCUUUCUGUUCAACCUGCGAAAUAUAAUACAAUAGGCAAUAUAUAAGCAUAUAUACAAGCAUAUAUACAAGCAUAUAUACAAGCAUAUAUACAAGCAUAUAUACAUGUAUAUAUCGUAAGGCCCAGAUGCCUUUUGAAAUCCAAAUCCCAUUGUUUAACUAUUGUGUCUGGAAAUCCGGGCGUUACGAGGAUAUAGAAGCAUGUAUUAUUCUACAUUUAUACAUGUUAUAAUCAUUUACGUUUGUUGGUAACAGAAUGCUCGGUGGGGUGUGGGUACUUAGUUCUUCUUGCGUUGGAUGUACUUCUGACUACUCAAAUUAGGAUACGGCGUGAGCUUAUGUUGUGUUAUAAUUACUUGCUAAGAUCAAACUUUCAACAUCUCACUCUAGGAACAUUCUUUAUUAACUGGCCAAGACUAAUAAAUAAUACGUAACUAUCGCAAAGACAUUUCGCAGAUUGACUUAAAUAAUUAGUGCCAUUACUUAAGUUUGUAUAAUUUUUGCGUUAAGUUGUAUAGUAAUUGUAAAGUUAUUUAUUUCUAAGACUUAUUUCUCUGAGUCUGGGCGAAUGCUUCUGUCGUGUCUUCAGCCUUUAGGCUUCAGUGUAAAUGUAUGAACAACGUUAUUGUGCCAAAUUUUGUAAUGGAUUGUUGUAAACUGCCGGUUAUUAUAUUUUUCGCAACGAACUUUCAUACAACUUCCAUAUAAGCGACAUUGUAAGUAAUAUUAACACGAAAAAUGACGAUUUGAUUUGGUCUGUCUUGCUUGCCGCGAUAAAAAAAAAAAACAUUAUUUAAAUAGCUGCACAGACGGCAAGAUUUGGUACAGCGUACCAAGUUCGAACGUCUGUAUUUUGUAGCAGAAGCUGGGCAGACCAAAGCUUCAAAAUACUCAAUACAUUUAACAUUUCCAUUCAUUAAAAAAUAUGAUAUAAUACAUUUUCCAAUUUGAAAAGUUCCUUCAAAAAUUUUCGGUAUUAUAAAACUGACUGAAUUCACUCCCGCCUUAUUUCUAGUCCACAUCGUCAUCGUCUCAUUUUUGUACGGUCUUAGACAUUUAGAGAAUUUUAAAAUACUACUCGUUUAUAUAAAUAUUCUUUGAACGGUAUUUUAUUGAAAUCAUCCCGCUGUAUGGUACCCACUAUCUACAUAGACGCGAGGAAUGUUGUGAACUUUGACCAACGGACGUAAGAAGUUUAUAUAUGUAGACUGUUGACGCUGCGUCUACUGGUCUAUGUUCGCGUAUUUGUCGCGUUACCUAGAUAGUAUGUAUCACACUGCAGGGACAGGUAUUAUAUUAUAAGAAUAUAAAACCCUUUUUCUUAUUUUCUACAAAAGUACUGUAAUUUUUUAGAAAGUAUACUCUUCUAGAAGUAGAAGUUUUCAACUUUCGCACAAAAUAGAGAAGAAUAUUUAUAUGGACGAGUUUUAUGGAGAUAACGCAGUAUUUAACAGUGUGCCUAUUGAUGUUGUAAUAUACUUUACUAUCUAAAUAUAAGGCCUACACGUUGAUUUUGAGAUAUUUUAGACUAAAAUUGUCAAAAUAUUGUAAACGGGCUGUGUAAAUUUUAUUUAUCUUGUAUAAUUAGUAUUGGCGCACAAUUCUAUAAAUAUUAUAAGGAUACAAUAAAAUCGUCUGUGGAAAAGACGGAGCGACUUAUUUGCUAUAGUUGCACAGACGGCAAGUUUUUGUACAGCGUACCAAAUUCGAACGUCUGUAUUUCUUAAAGUCUAAUUUGGAGUUCGCUUCAUUAAUAUAUUAAAACUAACUUAAUCAUAUAAUACUAACCGCCUUACCAAUAAAAAAUAAACAAACGGGAACUUGUGUAUGUAAAUAUUUGACGGCCAAGUAAAGUUCACUCGAAUUGUUUGAUAAUUGAAUUCAAUUUUGCUUGGCUGUAAAAUACUUAACAAGUAUUUGUUACGCCGCUCGUUUUCAUUGCUUAUUGUUAAGGCGGUGACUCUAAAACGCAGAGCUUUGGCGUGAACACGAUUCGAAUUUCAAACUAAUUUCCAUCGACUGUGCAUCCUGGCAAAGUCACAUCCAAUUUACUUCUCUCGAAUGAACUUUGUAAAAUUUGCACAGCUCGUGAACCAGUUAUAAUAGUCUUUGUAGUAUAAAACAAACUACUUAAAUAAUGUAUGGAACUAGCAGCCUUGUUUGAUAUGCGAGCUAUUGUGAUAUACAUACUUCCUUCGCGUCCACACAGACGGUAAGAUUUGGUACUACGUACAAAGUAUGACCGUCUGUGCGGACAUUUACGUUGCGCAGUUGAAUGCGCAGCUUAUUAUAGUAUUAUGUAGCGACGUUUCGAAAACUAUUGACAUUUUGUGAAUAUAAUAUAUUAUUGAUAGUGAAAAUUUAUAAACGGUUAGCUUUUUGUGGGCAUAUUGCGUAUUAAAAGAGGCAUUUGCACUUGA